AUGGUCAACAAACAUGGGCUCAAGAGAGCCGAUGCGCUCUGGAAGAUCAAAUUCCCCCAUGAGCCACCCCCGCCGGAAAUCCCGCCAGAACCUCCGCCACCUUCACAACCCCCACCUCCGGCCACAACGUUACCCCAUCCCAAUUCGCCUAAAGCAAAACUUCAUCCGUUUGCCUGCAGUAUGGGUAAACGAACAUUUCCGCUUCAAAAUGGAUUAACGCGCCGCCUUAGAUACAUGCACAAUGUCACAUGCCCUGUCCCAGAGAGAAAACGCCCGCGAGCCGACGAACCGAUACCAGAGGAAUCAGCAUUUCCCUGUGACAAAUGUGAUAUGGUAGCGCGCUCAAAAACAGGUCUCAAAGCCCAUAUUAGAGCAAAACAUCCUGAGAACCCCAAAAAAGGACGCACCUCGCACCCAGCGGCGACCUCCCACAGCCUGCUUCACUAUGCUGCGAAUUUUGUCUACACGAUUUUGGCAACAUUGGAGCUCUCGCAUGCCACAAAAAGUUUAAACAUCCACCUGGAACUCCAAUUCUGCCAGCAACAAUACAAGUAA